UUGACGAGUUUCUACUUCCAGAUCCAACUUCACUGCUCAGCACCUUCUCUUCGCUCUAACCCCAAAUCCAAACCCUAGCCACUUUUGUACUUCUUCCUCGGUACCAAAAAAUUUCUUCUUGGAUCGAAGUUUUAUCGAAGGAGAAGAAUGUAAAUUUCUUAUAGAACAGUGCUCGGGUUGGAAUGUUUCCGAACAUGGAUCGGACCUGGUACGAGCCAAUGGCAAGAAGGGUUCCGAGGAGGGUCUGGUUAGGGUUUCAAAAAUCAAUGGGUGUCCUCGUGGGUGGGAAUCACACUUCCUCCAGAGUCUUAUAGUGAAAAAAAAAAAAAAAAUCCAUGGAAUUGAAGGCUGUCAAAUUCCAGAUCCUUCAUGGGUCUAUAGCGAGGCGUGUGCUUUUUCGCGCUUUCCUUUUCGCCUCGGCUAUCUCCGUCAUUCAGUUGCUGCAUGUCGUUUCUGGGCCCUAUUUGAAAAUUUUCUCAUCUGUGCCUUCCGGUGACUGUAUCGCCAUGAAAAUGGAUAACAAUCCAACUUCCAACUUCACCUUCGGUAGGUUUCUGUUUCAGGGCCGGUUCAUAAAUCCCAUUUGGGGCUCAUUCGAACCCACGCAGUGUUCGGAAGAUGUGAAUUUGACUGUCAGUGUUGUCAGAGAGCUAAUGGCUAAGCAAUUCUUGAACUAUGGGGCUAAAGCUCUCUGCGUUGGGGAAGCGGCCGCACCGUCUGUGUCGGUCUUGCGCGAUUUGGGAUUUUCAAAGGCUUACGGUGUUGAUGAACACCGGAUUUUCUCUCUCAAGCGCAAACAUUUUGUGCAUGAAAUCGAUUACGAGGACAAAUCAUUUGAUUUUGUGCUCUCCAAAGAUCUAGACAAGGCUUCUGUCCCUGCUCUUCUUGUGCUUGAGAUCGAGCGCGUUCUUAGCCCCGGUGGAAUAGGGGUUCUGCUUGGGGGUACCACCGGUUUGACCACGAAUAGCUUGAUUCGAUCGGCUAUACCUAUAUCAUCGGUGCUGAAAAGUUCCAGUGUAGUCCAUGUUAAUCAUAUAAAUAACUAUACUUUAGUGGUAUUCAGAAAGAGAUUUGAAAAUGUUGGAUACUUUGGGCAAUACCACCUUCCGGCUGACUGCCCGUCUUUCAUCAACAAUAAACCUUUCAUUGAGCAAAUGGAGUCUCUUGUGGAUGAGAAGCCGAUAUGGUCAAAGAAAAAGUACUCCUAUUUGCCCAAGUUAUUAGAUUUUUCUUCAAAGAAGAAGUUGGUCUACAUUGAGAUUGGUGCUGGGGAGCAUCUUCACCCUGUCGCAAAUUGGUUCCCUCCUUCUUAUCCGAUUCAGCGCAAAGAUUUCAAUGUCUAUUUUGUGGAUCAUAACACUUCUGUUUUAUCCUUCUAUGUCAAAAAGCCUGGUAUCACCUUUGUUUAUCACCCGGGUCUUUCUGGAACCAAGGAUAAGGUCAAUCUUACUAUUGAUGGAGAUUUUGAGACAUUGGUUGGAGAAACUGAGUUUGAUUUCCUUGCUUGGUUUAAAGACAUUGUUCAAAAUGCAGAUUUUGUGGUCCUGAAGAUGAAUGCAGGUGAAAUGGGACUGAAACUCCUCUCUGAGUUAUUUGAAACCGGGGCUAUUUGCUUUGUUGAUGAGCUGUUUCUCCGAUGCUCAGGCCGUGUAGAGGGUGAAGGUGCAACGCCACUUGACUGCACGAACCUCUUCAAGGACCUCCGUAAGAGCGGUGUGUUUGUCCAUCAGUGGUGGGGAGAUUAUAAUCCUGCUAAUAUUUGGUAAACCGGCUAUGCUGUUAUGAUUUGUCUAUUAGGACUGUGUUUGAAACAUGUGUAGUGCUUUUAUGGUUGGGGCACUCUUAACUAAAUAAGCAACCAUUUGUUAUGUGUGGUAUGUUGUUUUAAGAAGAUGUUUUUCAUGUGUGCUGUAAUGAAAAGUGCUUUAUGGUUUUGGCACUCUACUAAAUAAGAAAAAACCAUGUAUAAUUUCCCGCUUAAUAUGAAGAAUAUGAAGUUGUGUGCUUAUUUAA